UUCUUCAAUCUUGAUCAUCUCUUUCGUCCCAAAGGCCAAAACCCAAGAGAACUAAGGAAGCACCACCUCCCAUUUGGGUCGCAGACUAACGCUAAACCGAGAACCGAGAGCUGUCUCGUUUGUCUUGGGCCGCUGGAUGUGAAAGAACCCGAUGUUCGCGCCCUCGAGCGACCAAGCGGCGCUGUUCCAGCGGUGGGGGGCCGCAGGCCAUGGUGGCAUCCCCGCCGCGGCCCCGAGCUGCCCCCGCUGCGCCUCUGGCCACACCAAGUUCUGCUACUACAACAACUACAGCCUCUCUCAGCCCCGAUACUUCUGCAAGUCCUGCCGCCGGUACUGGACCAAGGGCGGCUCGAUCCGCAAUGUCCCCGUCGGUGGCGGCUGCCGCAAGAACCGACGCGGCGCAGCGAAGCCUUCCUCCAGGUCGCAGGCUCCAGCCUCUGGCCAGCCCGAGCACGCUUCCCUUGCUGUUGGUCAGCCUGACUCAGUGGGCAGGGAUCAGGGCGUAGAGUCUCCUCAGAGUGGCUCGCCAGCCGCCGCAGCUGGUGAGCCGGAUAUCGACAUGGCGGCGGUUUUCGCCAAGUUCUUGAAUUAUGAGCAGACGAAGUCCAGCUCUCAAGAUUUGACAGGUUUGACCUCAAGUGCGGUGACGCCGGAGAGCGUGCAGACGGCAGCGUCGCUUGAUCUCGUUGGGGAGCCGGCUGAGCCGCCUCUGGAAGCUCCUCACUUUGAGCUUGAAGGGCUGUUCAUGGAAACAAAUGGUUUCGAUCACCAUGAAUCAGCGGGCGACUUAUUAUGGGGUGACACUGACACGACGUCGUGCUUGGCGAAUUUCGGGUGGCAGCCCAUGGUGCAGCUACAGGAUAUCGGAACGUCGCCGUCCGAUGACCAGUUCAGAUUGCUUCCGACGAAUGAUAACUUUUGGAGCUCAUUCGAUCUUUCGGGGUUUGAGCUGUCCUCGAGGCCUUGAAACUGGGGUUGCGGUUUUCUAUCUUCUUCUUUUUUGUAAGGGCCGUAAUUCCUUGGCGUUUUUCAGAAAGCGAGAUCUAUGCACUGAGCCAAUGACGAUCCAUGGCGAAUAUAACACACCCUAGCGAUUGAUAUAUGAAAAUUGAUAUAAGAAUAGAUUCAAAUGA